GCGUUGCGGCCUCUCACGACAUCUAUACUAGCAGAGACAGUGGGGUUGAUCAGACAGAGACGUUUGGAAAGUCCAAUAUAUUCAUCCGUGGUUAAGGGUCUGGUCAGUCCGGGCCCGCUGCACCUUGUCGCCCUGGAGUAACAUGCUUCGUGUAAGCAGCCAUUACGGUCUUCGUGGACUUUAAGACAGGCUAUAUCGCAAUACAGUCUGUCAGGAGGGAAGUCGGAGUUUCCUUUUACGCUGUACAUGUAGCAGCUGCGGCACGCUAUAACGAACAACAGGCGUGGCUCCGCUCCCAUUGCACGACUGUGACGUCCUUCCACCGGGGUCUGCUGAAUGUAGUUCCCCAAACUGAGGCUCGGUGGCUUGCAGCCGUUGUUCAUCAACGGUUGGCAGGACCGUGAUUGAUGGAGAUAAGGAAACUAGUGGUUCUGUAGCCCCAAAAUUGAGCAAGACGAAAUCGUAAGCAGACAUGCUAAGGAAACAUCUCCGGACGCCCACCCAAACAGUAGCCAAUCAAGCCACCUCUAGGAAAGGAUAGACGGGUGAUAUCUCCGUGCACUGAACUUCCAACCGUCCGUGCAGUGAUGUACACGAGGUAAGCUCUGUAUCGUUGACAAUGUGGCUGUCGUGCACUGACCACGGCGAUUGACGCAAGGACCAUCCCCUGCAUCGAGCAAGAUGGAAGACCAACCUUUGAGCAUAUGAACGUUCUCUUUCCCUUGCAAGGUCAAAAUCAUUGCUCGAAACCUGCAUCGAAUUGAUCCCGGUUCUGAGGUUCAGGUUCGGCUCGCGAUGUGAUUCAAACAACAACAUGUUUUCCAAAUUGAUCAAACGCCACUCGUCCAAGCAUGAGCGGCCGCAAUGUUCGCAAAUCCUCAAGCAACGCAAGAUAGUCUUCUGCGACUGGGGUUUUCAUGGCCGGGAGGGAAACGAUGGAUGGACCUUCACAUAUGUGGACGAGGUGGAUUUCGACCCAGAAGAGGACUUGAGACCGUACACCAGAACAAGUCCCGACCAGUGUGGGGAGAUACUUGCAAAGUUCGUCAGUAAACAACUUCGAAAGAACCCGCGACUCAAAGAGUCUCAUGGCUGGCGGUUCGUCUGCUUGAUUGAGGACGGUAAAAAGAGACAAUUGCCCGUCAAGCGGCGCGAUAGGACGCCGAGGACGAUGCUGCUCUUUGAGAGAGAAAUACCGUGCCCUUGCGAAGGGAGACAGCAUCCAAUAGACGGGCUGAAACUUUGGCAAUCCGAAGAAACGGGCAACAGCGAAAAACAGCUCAAUGUUUCCAAGAAAGAAUAUGCAAUCCCGACACAGUAUCGAAGAAGACUCUCGACAAUGGACACUUUGCACGAAUAGACUGGCACAUGCGUGAACCAUAAAGAGUGAUCUCUGGGUUCUACAGGCAUUCAGCAACUUGGAGCUUUCGUGCUGGUCGAAGGGUGCCACGACAGCUCGUAGCAUGCGAGACAUGGCUUCAGUCUCGGAUCUCCCACCGCUUCCAGGGUAAUAUAUCCCAGAUCGUAGGGAGCUGAUGACUUAUGCUUGUGGUGGACAGGCACCCCGACGGAUGACAGAGGAGAACUUGCCAGUAAACAGCUUAGUCUGAUCCAAGCUGGCAACAUGAUUAUGACCGAGAUGACAAUACAACGAUGCGGAAUGAGAUCUGUAUAAGUCCACUGUGGAAAGUCCAGCGGUGGAGCCAUAGCAUGGAGUGAUUCUGGCGCCACGAUGUCAUGAACACAGCUUCUACUACGUAGCUCUGAUACAGCAGCAGCAGGUAUAGUACCUAAGGUCUUUCUGACGGUAUGAUAUGAAAGUAUGUUUUGGAAUACCAAUACAACUACAUAUUUAGGACUUGCACCUUUUUCCAUCGCAAUCGACCAUAGGAACAAGAAAACAGAGCUUCCCGUCCGCUCAGCUGCACUUAAGCUUGUUGCCGGCUAGUUAGUACUAAAGUGGGUGACCAUUUGGGAAUCCUGGCUGUUGAUUGUUUUUU